UAAAUCCUCCGUCGAGCGGAGCAGGUGGGCGUUCCGCUGCUGCUGGAGCUGCUGAGCGCAUUCGCUUCACAAAUACUGCGCAAAUAUCAUCAGCUCGUGCUCGACGCCUUAGUGAAAUGCUGCAGCUCAAUGACAGUGUAAUAACGCUAGAUCCUGAAAGCCCGGGCGCGGCGGUCUUACUGUCGGCGGACUGUGACGAUGGGCUGGAGGUGUCGGCCCGGGCUGGGGCUUCAGUGGCCUGCUGCUCCUCGCUCCAGACCCUCACGCCUUUCCAUGUCCACAACCCGACCAUGCGAGCUAAAGUCAAAGACUAUUUUGUCUUUAGGCCAGGAACCAUCGAGCAGGCGGUCAACGACAUCCGGACAGUCGCUUUGCCUUCAGAAGAUGGAGAGGUUCUUAGCGUGUGGUUGCUAGCAGAAGUCGAUCACUGGAAUAAUGAAAAAGAGAGACUAGUGCUUAUAACUGAGAGGUCUUUAUUGGUGUGCAAAUACGACUUCAUAAAUCUCCAGUGUCAGCAGGUCAUCAGAAUUUCCCUGAACGCCGUGGACACCAUCUCUAUUGGCGAGUUUGAGUUUCCACCAAAAUCACUCAACAAGAGGGAGGGAACUGGAAUCCGUGUUCAAUGGGAUAAAAGACCGAGAGCUUCGUUCAUGAACCGCUGGAACCCCUGGUCCACCGACAUCCCCUACGCCACCUUCACUGAACACCCCAUGGCACACGCAGAUGAAAAGGUGGCUUCCCUCUGCCAGCUUGAGAAUUUCAAGACCCAGCUGAUCCAGGCAGUGAAAAAAGCUCACAAGGAGUACCCCAUCCCGGGACGGGCCAAUGGAGUCCUGAUACUGGAGCGGCCCCUCCUGAUCGAGACUUACCUGGGCAUCAUGUCCUUUAUCAACAAUGAAGCCAAACUGGGCUACGCCAUGACCAGGGGAAAAAUCGGCUUUUAACUACUCAAUUCUUCCGCCAUCUCAAUCAUGCUCCAGUUUUGAGUACAACUGCUACACUUGAGUAUGUGAGUCCAGUACAUACAGCUUGUUUUGUUGUGUUUUUUUGGGGAUGUGUAUAGUGUGUGAAAUGUGCCAGGAAGAUCCCAAUGCCAAUUUCAAUUUACAAAGCCUUUCUAAUAUGGUCGAAUGGUUUGAAGAUUGAGUUUGUGUGUGUUAUAAGCAUGCUUUGUUUAUUUUUACCAAAAAAAAAAAAAGGUUGUUGGUUGACUGAAUGGCUUAAGGAAGAACUGUUGAGUUGAGGUUUAUGGUUCCCUUGACCUUGUGUUUGCAUAAGUGGUGCGUUCUUCAAUAGACUAAGCACUGAAAUGAAGAACGAAGAGUUCCAUAAUUGGUUAAACUUGAUGCAUCAACUUAAAAAUGCAAUAUUCAUGGAAGGAUUCUACCCAAAUCAACCAAAGUGUCUGCAUUUGUUUGGUUUUAGACCUUACUAAUUGAUGACUUAGUUGACUAAUCGCCAAACAACCAUGAUCAUCCAUCCCUAUUCUCAGACCAUAAGGUGCAAAUCUACCUUCAUUUGGAAGAAUUUUACUGAGUAAAAUGUAGUUAUUCCAAUAGAAAUACAUAAUAGCCAGAGUUUUAUGUGAGGGAAAAAUGUAUUUUAUUUAUUUUUUAGUUCCUGUUACUAAAAGUUUCUGUGGUGCAAGAAUGGCAAAAAAAAAAACAAAGUUCUUUUGGCAAUAGUUAUAAGAACUAUGAAACUGUCUCUCUGGUCAAAAAAGUGACAAAAUAUUUAGUUUGCACAAAUGAAUGCGGUGAAUUCAUAAUCUUUCUGAAUUCUGAACAUUCACUUUUAGGGAAUGAAUCUCCAAUUGUGAUGAAACCGAAGUACUGUAGGUUUGUCACGAUACUGGAAUUUUACAAACGUCCAUUUUCCGCUAACAUUUGAGCGCUGAUUUGCUAUUGUGUUCACAUGCUCAACAAAAAUGACUGAUUGACCGUAAAAGUCAUCAGUUCACCAAGUGUAACUACAGAUAUAGGCACACUGGAACGUUAUAAAGCCACGAUUCAUCAGUGGAGCGCUUAUAUGUCAGCUAAUAGAAAAACCAGCUGAUGAGAUGACUAUAAAACGCUCCAGUGUCCCUGUAUAGGUGUUAACCCUCAAUAAACAUCGUUGAGUUUAGUGAACUGAUGACCUUCACGGCCAAUCACAGUCAAUAAACAGAUCUUAUUUACAUUGUAGAGUUCUGGGUUUACAGCUUGCAAUUCUAACUUUUCCCUUUGAAAUUAUUAUGAGUUUGUUAUCGUAUGUAUUAUUAUUCUGAUUUUUUUUUUCCUGGACUUGACUCAAAUUAUUUUGAUAACCUGAUUCUUAUGUUCAGUUCACUUAAAUUUGUAAAAACCAUUAAGUUAGCUUAAUGGAUUUGUGUUGGGACAACAUGAAGGAAUUGAGUGGAACCCUGUUUUUUUUUGAAAGUUUAUAACUUGAAAUAUUGAGGUAUUUUUUGGAAAUUAACUCUAUUUAUUUAUUUUUUUCCUUAGAAGUAAGAUAUAUGGUGGGUGAGAGAGAAAAAAGUCUCAAUGGUGUAUAAAAAAAAAAAAAAAAAAAAAAAAAAGCAUGACUUUUUAAAUUUUUUUCCAUAUUCCCAGGGCUUGACGUUAACACCCGCCAACCUGCCAAAUGCGGAUAGAGUUUAGCUGUGAAGGGUUGGACAGCCACCUCCAGUAGCCACUUUGGCAGAUUGGAAAUCAUUUUUAAAUUGACAGUGCUGGCUCAUCACUAAAGAUUAGAAUUUUAGUUUAAAGCCGUCUGUCAAUAUCCGUGCAAAUGCCAUCAGCACAACUGAUAACUGUUCGUGUGAGCAAAGAAAGCAGGUGAAUACGGAAUGAGAGGAUGAUCAGGCGAUUGUUGAGACAGGCUCUCCUCACUCACCAACGAGGGCUUUAGUGUCACGUGCACAGCUGAUGCGAUGCGCACGAGUGCUUAAAAACUCCCGUUUCCUUGCGCAAAAACAACCGUGCUUGGACAUGCAACUGGUGCGAUCAUUUCUCUUUGAAAUAGGCUGGAAACAAGCAGUGCUCGUGCCCCCACAGUCUUACUGCUUUCAAGAGCUCCAGACUUUUAAGCAGCAGUGUUUACCGCUUUCACUUACCAUUAUUUGAACAGAUAAAAAAUGGGCCUAUGGUUAACAGUGCGCGCGUGAUCAUCCUUUCAUUAUCGCAGUGUUUUUCUUCUGCUUUCUUAUUGUUACUUUUGUUAAUAUGUUUUAAUGACUAUCCUUUACAAUAACAUUGCUUUAAUAGAAGAUUAACUUCCCGUUCAUGUUAACUGGUGAUCUGGAACCUUUAGCCUGGACAAACUACUGUGCAUUUUAGACACAUGAUGAUGUUUUUUUUUAAAUGUCUAUUUUUUUUUUAAGAACAUUUUAGUUGAAUAAAUAAAAAGUGUAUGUAUACAGCUAUAUUUAGCUUGUUAUGACAAUUUUUUUAAAAUUUUGUGGCAAAGAAAUAAUUAGUUUGGGGUGGCCAGAGGAAAACAAUUGUUAAAUCCUUAGUAUUGAGCCCUGAAAAUAUGAGAUGUGAAAUAAAAGCUAAUUGCAACGUGAAACUAUGAAGCCACAACCCAUUUGCUUGUGCUCAUUAAGCAAGGUCAUACAUAAUACAAAAAAAAGUGAAAUGAAUGAGGAGGCAUGUGGACAACACAACAUCUAAAUCAAGUCAUUUUAGCAUGCCAAAGUCAAAUUUAUGCAUGUAAAAUAUAUUUUCCCGACAGCAAAAUUGUGGCUAGUGAAAACGGCGAGUGGCUAGUAAUGCUGGAAAACUACUAGCCACAGUGGCUGGUGAUCAAAACAGUUAACGUCAAGCCCUGCAUAUUCCCAUGCAAAAACGAGCUUUCAGAACGUUUGCACUAAGACAAUGAAUACCAGUUCUGCAAUUGUAAAGUGAAUGAUUCAAGUACUCAUUACUGUAACAAUAAAUCUGAACACUGCUACAUGAAAUCAUUCAAGUCAACCUAAUUUAUUCAAAUAAAACCAUUAUCAAUUAUUACCAUCCCUAACACACUUUUAAAAUGAGAAUUGAUCAGCGUAAGAUUACUUACCGAACAAAAUAUGCUUUUCCAAACUCUAUAAUCCACUUUAAAAAAGUCAUAACGUCGGUGCCAAUAGCCUAGUGGUUAGGCGCGCCGACAUAUAGCACCAUGGUGCUCACGGCGACCCGAGUUCGAUUCCCGGCUCGAGGUCCUAUGCCGACCCUUCCCCUCUCUCUGGUCCUAAUACUUUCCUGUCUGUCCUCCACUAUCCUAUCCCAAUAAAGGGUUAAAAACCCCUAAAACAUAAUAAAAAAAUAAAAUAAGUAGAAACGAGCGUGUUUGUCAAGUGUCCACAUGAACACAACUGCCUGACAUUUACAUUUAAUGUUGACAUUGCGUUUACGGUCCACGUGCCUGCAGUUUUCAAAAGCGACUUUCAGGUCUUAUCUGGUAGUUCUGCUGUUAAUUGUGCAUUAUUAUUAUGUCCUCCUCAUGUUUGUGUGCUUUUCAGUUGUUUGUAUCUUCCUCAAUCUACACAAAAUGUAGAUGAUAGCGAAUGCUACGACAAUACUUAAAGCUAAAAUGAAGAAUUAGAAGAAAUGCUGUUUUUCCUCAGGUGAUGGUCAACAGAUUGGCUUAAUCGAUGGGUUUUUCCUGCUGUUGAGCGCUUUACGGGUUCAGAGACUUUCAAGUGUUUUUUUAACACGAGAUGCACUUUUGUUGGCCUGUUUCUGUUCGUUUUUUGCUAUGCAUUGAGAAAUAGUGGUGUCUUUGUUGAAAUGUUGCCGUUUGUUUUGUUAUAAGGGAUAGUUUGGCUAAAAUUCUGUCUUUAUAUACUCACCCUCUUUUUUGUUUUGUUUUUGUGGUUGAACACAAAAGAAGAUACUAUUAAGAAUGUUGGGGAAAAACAGCAGAUGAGUGUUUUCGUUUGUUCCUGAAUGAUUGCUUUUUCCCCCCAACAUUUUCAGAAUUAACCCAACCAAACACAAAGAAAUUCAGAAACAAAAAGACAAACAGGAAUUCACAAACAUUUAGAAGCCCUUGAGUGAGUACAGGGUGUCAUCAAGUCAAAUUUAAGACUUUUUAAGGCCAUUAAGAAUGAAAUUUUAGACUCGUACACACCGGGGCGCUUUUUAUUUGUGUUUAUUGUCAGCGUUUUAGGAGACAUUUUUCUGCAUUCAAGCCCAAGCGAUUUUCUCUGCCGUUAAGCUGAAGAGUAUGCAAAAUCACUCCUUGACGUUAGAUGGCGCUGCACAAAUUUAAGCUUCUGACAUCCGCUUGUAACACAGAAGAAUAGGAGAAGAGGAAGUUCACACGCUUUUUGUUAAAGUUUCUGGUGACUCGAACAAGCAUAGAUGGUUCAGGAAGCAGCUCCAGCUCUAGCGAUGAAGAAAUGAUUAUUUUGGUCAGACAAAUAAGCAGCUGCAAGUUCAUAUCGCCUCUGGGCAUCUUCUUCAAUGUGCGCUCGCAUUGACUGUUUUGUGCUUGAGCGCCUCCAUGUGCUGUUUACUAUAACUUCAGCAGCUCCGUACACAUGAACAAAAGUGCCGAUCUGAUUGGUGAAGAAGGUUUUAUUGCGGCGCUUCAAAACUAAAAUUUUUUAAUGACGCUUUUGCUCCUGCCGUUUUGCGUGUUGGUGUGUACGAUCGCAUUUGCACCCUUUAUAUAGUCACGAGGCGUUAAACGUUGACGGAAAACGCGAGCAAAAAACAUCUCUGUGGGAACGGGCCUUUAGACUUACGAUUUUUUCGAAUGGCCUGGUAUUAUUAUUAGAAAUCAUGCAGUGAUUUUUAGUUUUUUUUCUGAUUAGGGAAUUUAAUUUGGCGAUUCGGCUGUAAAAAUGUCUAAAAGCUGUUGUGACUGUCUCUCAUUGGAAUAAACAAAACUUAAAAAUAAAAAAUGAGGUUUUCUUGAGGUGUAUUAUUGAUGAUUGGAUGGUUGUCGGCCCAAUUGAGUAGCUUAAGCUGGACAAAACAAAAUUAAGACCUGUUUAAAAUGAUUUAAGACCUACAAGACAGUAUUUCAGUGGAUUUAAGACUUUACAUUUGGUUUUUAAAAUUUGAGACAUUUUAAGACUAUUUAAGAGCCAGCAGAUACCCUGGAGUAGCACUGAGGAGUGUGAACUAUCCCUUUUAACAGACGUCAGUGUGUGUUUUCUAUGUCUGUUUUAUUGUAACGUUGUGCAUGAAGAUUUCUGCCUGCAACUGCUUUGAUGUUUAAUUUGUUGUUCACAGAUGAUCAAUUCACCAAAAUGUUUACACUUUUCCUCUGCUCUAGAUUUAUUUAUAUAUUCAUUAAUCCAUUUCUAAUUAAUCCAUUAGCGAACUCAAGCCAAUUAAACUCUGAACUCUUCCAAUUCAGGUUUUUGUUUCAAAUGGAUCUGGAUUUACCUGCGAUCACACUGAUAUUUGUUUGUUUCUCGUAAUAAUUUAUGUCAUUUAAAAACAUGCUUUAAUUAAACGACUGUUCUUUUAACGCA